GUGCGGUUCGGGUGAACACAUGUUAUUUGAAUAAAUUUUGUGAAUUCAGUUUGGAUUUUUAUUAAGUGGGUUUAGAAAUAGCUUAAGAUUCGUAUAUGAAUUAAUACAAUGGCAGGCGAAACAGGCGAAGCACAGCUACAAGUACGGUUUAUAACUAAACAAGAGCAAUAUGCAGUUUCUGACAGUCCAUACGCCAUACAGAGUAAUGUACAAUCUGUAGAACUGAAUACGCUCCUCAAUGCACUAUUAAAAGAAAACAGACCAUCGUUUGAAAAGAGUGUAGAAUUUGAUUUCUUAAUAUGUGGCGAAUUAUUAUGUACAUCAAUCGCGGAGCAUCUGCAAGACAAGGGUCUAUCAACAGAAGACACACUAGAAAUAGAGUAUCUGGAAAGAUUUCCAGCUCCCAGCCCACAAGAUUGUUUAAUGCACGAUGAUUGGGUGUCAGCUGUCCAUACACAUGGUUCUUGGAUCUUGUCUGGGAGUUAUGAUAACAGCAUUCACAUAUGGAAUACCAAAGGGCAGCACAAACUUGCCAUCCCAGGUCAUACAUCACCGGUAAAAGCAAUUUCAUGGGUAUCUUUCAAUGGAGAUCAAGCAAUCUUUGUGAGUGGUUCCCAUGAUCAAUCAGCUAUGUUAUGGGUAUGGAAUGUUUCUGGAAAUUCAGUGGAUUGUGUUGUGACCUGUCGAGGUCAUGAGAAGGGUGUAGAAUGUCUGGCUGUCUCGGCUGAUGCUAAGAGUUUUGCCACUGGUAGUUGGGACACAAACAUUUGCCUUUGGAGUACAAGUCUUUCCGAUGAGGAUAAUGUACCAGCAAAAAAGAAACAAAAACCAGAUCAGGGAAAUACAAGAGAACCCAUGGCAGUGUUGAAGGGCCAUAGAGAGGCAAUAUCAGGAGUGCAAUGGAUGGAUUUCAACACUGUUGUGUCAAGUGGUUGGGAUCACUUGCUGAAAAUAUGGGAUUGUGAACUUGGUGGGAUUAAGCAGGAUAUUGCUGGUAACAAAGCAUUCUUUGACGUGGACUGGUCUCCACUAUCCAACAGCCUUAUAACAGCAUCAUCUGACAGACACAUUCGUCUUUAUGAUCCCAGAUCAACAGACAGUAUUGUAAAGACAACAUUUACAUCUCACACUGGAUGGGUGCAGUCAGUGAGGUGGUCGAAGACUCGAGACACAUUAUUCCUCUCCGCAGGCUAUGAUGGAUUUGUCAAAUUAUGGGAGACAAGAAGUCCGAAAACCCCGCUGUAUGAUCUAAGCGGACACGAAGAUAAAGUCCUGUGCUGUGAUUGGUCAAAUCCAACUUUCCUCGUGACUGGUUCUUGUGACAACACUCUAAGAAUAUUUAAGGCGAAACAUGCUACUGGUAAUGCAUGAAGUAAUGUUAUAUUUACAAUCUUUACACACAUUGACUCCAAAUUUGAAUAAAUGUUGGUCCAAAAAGUAUUUGUAUAAUUUAAAAAAAAAAAAAACAUGAUUGUUCGUUUUAAAAUUUGUUAUAAAUUG